UGUGUAAUGCCAGUCUGAGAGACAGAAAGAGUUCAGAUGAGCUAAGAAGCAGGCUAAGUCUCUGUAGAAUUAAAGAUGUUAUCCAGAUAAGAAGAUUGAAUUGGCUGGGGCACUUGGAAAGAAUGGAGGAGGAUAAUUGGAAUGUAUAUAGAAAUCUUUCAAAACAAUGCCAUCAAAAGAACUGUCAAGAAGUGCUCCUUCUGGUUCUGUAACAUUUGAUGCCCUUACAAGGAAUAAUAAUGGUGGUAGUAUGAGAUCUAUUCCAGUUUCCAUUAGAGCAAGUAGUCCAUUACUUUGGCCAUUCACUAUGCUGCCCUUCUCACGUUUCGAAACAACAAAUGAUGAUAGCAGGUCGCCAAAAUUUUUGAACCUCAGCAAACACUCACAUGAUACUGUAAUCAAGUUGAAUACAAACAACUUGAUUGAGAUUCCAAACAAGAUGCAUCUUUUAAAACAAGUAGAGGAACUUCGACUGACACGAAAUAUUUAUAAAACUGGUGAUGGUUUGCAAAAUCUUCCUCAGUCAAUUUCAUCUCUUAACAAGCUAAAAAUUUUGGAUCUGCGGGGAAACCCACUGAAUAGUGUACCUUUAUCUGUUUGUAAAUUAAAGAAUUUAACCGAACUAAAUUUAGAAAGUUGUAACAUUUUAAGCAUGCCAUUAGAAAUAACCAGUUUAACUAGUUUGAAUCGCCUCAGUCUUGAUAAUAAUAAAAUCAAGGAUCCAGAGCUCUACUACUUUUCUACUGUAAAAUACCUGUCAAUAGUCAACAAUGGAAUUCAGAGUGUUAGAGCAAUUUUACCAGCUCAAAUGGUGACCUUGGACAUGAGUGAGAACUUCUUGGAAAGCUUAAAGGAGACUUUUUUUCAUGAUUCAUGCUGUCUAGAAAAACUUUAUUUGCGGGAAAAUUUGCUUACUCACUUGCCAGCAUCAAUCAGCAAGUUACCCAAGCUGAAAGUUUUAGACGUAAGCAAAAAUGAAAUUGGGAAGCUCCAGGAGUCCAUCUGCCAAUUGAAAAGUUUAAUUUUUUUCAAUAUAUCAUACAAUGCGUUAACAGCGUUGCCAAAAUCAGUGACCAAUCUGACUGGUAUGGAAAACAGUCGAUUUUUAUGUGGUGAGAACCCGCUACAGAAACCUCCUAUUGAAGUUGCAAUAAAAGGUUUAAAGUCAAUCCAGAAUUAUUUUGAUGCAUUGGAUAAUAGCACUGAAGCUAAUUGUAAAAGGCUGAAGUUAAUGGUAUUGGGUGAUCCAGACGCAGGUAAAACAUCUUUAGCACAAGCUAUUGUCUCAUGUCAGGAACCAGAUGCUGGUGUGAAUAUAAAAACAAUUGGUAUUGACUUCUUCCAUUGGAAAGAACAACUACCUGACACUGACGAAAUGCUGGAUGUUAUGAUUGUAGAUUGUGCUGGGGAGAAGAAGUAUUUACUUACGCAUCAGUUAUUUUUAUCAGUUGGAAUGCUGUUUACAGUAAUCGUUGAUUUGAGUAAAUAUAAAAGGAGCAAAAAAUAUUUUGAAGACAAGAUUGGGUACUGGAUGAAUCUCAUUGUAGCUAAAGUACCCAACGCCGUCAUCAUGAUUGUUCCUACACAUUUGGAUUUGGUGACAGAUCAUUGCAUUGUCAUCGAAAGUUGCAAACACAUGAUACAGUGUGCCCAUAAGCAUAUUAAAGAGCGACAACUCAUUAUUGAAAAAGGCUAUGACGAGAAUGUGAAGAAACUUCCAAAAUCUAUAUUGCCUGUUUUACCAAAGUCUUAUCAGCUUGAAGUCGAUGGUAAAACAGAGACUGUAGAUGUUGAACCAGGCAGUCCAACAGUUUAUCUUAUCCCAAUUUCAAGCAAGCAACGUCUUCCUGGAUUAAACCUGUUGAGACAUGAAAUUAUUCGCAUUGCUUGUGAUGUUACAUUAUCCCCUAAUGUUAAUCGAUAUGUACCAAAAACAUGGUUAGACUUGGAACAUGUUUGCUUUGAAGAACGAUCAAAGAGACCUGUUUUAACAGUAGAUGAAUUAUCUUUAAAGGCACAGGGUUUUCGCAAGAAGAGGGAUAUUUCUAAAGCAUUGGAAUACAUUGAUUCUGUGGGGCCUAUUUUGUACUUCCAUACCAAUUCUGAUGCAUCUGAUAUAGUUUUCUUAGAUCCGAAAUGGCUUCUUCAACUUCUGAAAUUAGUCUUUCGGCAUGAUUUGUCUGACGCGUAUAAAUAUGAGGACUAUUAUGCUACCAAGUACGACAUGUUUGAGGUUGAAUUUAAACAAGCUGUUGAAGUUUUGUCCAAAAGUGCAUUGUUAUCUAAGAAGCUGCUAAGGUGCAUAUGGAAUGAUAACAUUACUGAUAGUUUGUUCAAUGAAGUUAUCCAGCUCUUCCAAAAAUGUGACCUUGCAUAUGAUAUGGAGCUGCUUUCUUCAUAUCAAGAUAAAAACAGUUUGUUGGUGCCUUGGUUUCUCCAAGAUUAUUGUCCUGUUCCUGUUGAACCUGAUCAAAACAAGAGGACCAUGAUAACUUUAAUAGAAACUAGAGGAGGUCUGCCUGAUGGAUUCUUUCAGCGUUUUAUUAUCAAAGUAUACUCCUUAAACGUCUUCAGUCAUUGCACACCUUGGAAUUAUGGUUUUAAAGGCCUCAACAAAGACGGUGAAGUAGUAUGCAAAUUUGAGACGUUCAAAAACUCAAGUCGCAUCACUCUACAAGGAUUUUCAGAUCCAAAAGAUAUAUAUCAUUUGUGGUUGACCAUUAUUCCAAUUUUACAGAUGUUAGAAAGAUUUAUCAAGGAAUGGAAAGGAGUGUCUCCCGGACUGUUCUCCCUCUGCCCUAGUUGCUUUGUUGCUAAAAAAGAUAAUCCUCGACCAUGGAGAUUAGACCUAUCGAUGCUACACCAAAACGAGGCUGUGUUGUCGUGUGAUGUCGAAUCUAAAACAAUCGACAAAUGGUUGAUAUUUCCUCCUUACGGCAUGAUGUUGAAUUUCAUAGACAAACAAAACAAAACGCAUGAAUUGGAGAACUAUUUAAGCGGUGAAUUAUCAUUAGAAGAUAAAGACAGUAUUUCUGGUUUGAUGGCUGACCGUUGUAAGGAGUUACGUAAGGCGUUAAAAAUAGAUGCUGGCCAAUUACCUCCAAUAGGUUCCGGUACACACUACAGAGAACGCACAUAUAAGAUUAUUAAUCUAUGGGAACAACAAAACCAAUCGGUAUCGAGAGAGUUGUUUAUCACAGCUUUGAGUGAGAUGCACCCUUACCCGUACAAAGCAGCUAAUAUACUGCUUAAAGGAACGUAAUCUACCAUGGUUUACUUUAUGUAUGAUGCCACCCUUUUGAUGUUGUGUACGUGUUCCGGUUGGGACGUACUUGCAAAACGCUGUAUAUUAAGUGACGACGUAUCUAUGGUAACACAAUAUCUAACGUAUCGUGGAAGAGCGAUUAGGAACACGACACGUGCAGUAUAAAUUGCAAGAUUAGCGCUGCUGACAUAAAGGCUUUUGUUUUACAAAAAUACGUGUUGCGGUUCAGACCACCAGUAACGUUUUUGUACGAGUGCGAAAAUGGCAAUUAAAAGACACAGCUUGGUGCUGUAAAUGUAUUUUAUUUUUAACAAAACUUUAUGAAUCCUCACAUAUAGAUAAUUACGUCUGUGCAUUCACAAGUGAAACUCCAAAGCCACGUAAUCUCAAAAUUAAAGUUAAUUUUUUAUGCUAAACCACAACAGAUAAAAAGGUGCAGCCACAAGCUCGAAUUUUUAUUAGUUAUAAAUCAAAGACUAACCUCUAUGACGUCAAUGAAUAUUCUGGUCUGUAAAAUAUUCUGCUUUUGUUCGUAACUUUUUAUUGUGUCGAUGUAUGACGUCAAUAAGUUAAUCCGAAUUAUCGCUGUUAUAGAAUUUCUUUAUAUCAUUCCUAGUCCCAGUGUUAAAAGCACGCUGUAAAUAUUUAAAUCAUCUCUAUUUUUUAUAUAUUUAAUUGUUAUUUUUAGUUGAAUGAGUUUUUAUUGGAACAGGUGUGUCCACGUUUCAAAAAAAAAUACACUUUUUUGAAAA